UAAUCAGCUGCUUUAUGUUCACGGCGUUUGUUAUGUGCAGUAUUGUUUAACAGUAAUUGUUAAAUAAAACUAAAGUGUUAAGUGUGUGAUGUGGUGAAUAUUCGAUUUGAUGCUGGCAGUUUGUAAAACUUUGCCAGGUUAAUCAGUUUUUGCGCUCUGCUUCAAUUCGGCGUACUUGGUGCGCGAAACUUUUCGUGCGCUCGUAAAUCAUAACCGCAAAAAACUUAAGAGCAGCAACUUUCUGCUACUCUUAUUCCGUUCGCAACGUUCAAACAUUAAUCAGACACAACUUUAACAUCAAGUUAUUUGCGUCUGGAGUGUUGUGCUGUUUUAAGUUUAUUGGCAGUGUGUGAGAGUGAUAAACAAUUGUGAAACAUGUCAUCAUUAUUAUCAGCUGAACUGGUUGCUACCUGCAACUCACUGGGAUAUUAUGAUGUACAGCAGAACAAAUACUAUGCUGAUGAGAAUACCUUAGAGAGUGUUAAAGAUUUGAUUAGAUAUCUGAAGCGAGAUGAUGAAUCUCAUGACAUUCGCAGGCAACUUGGGGAGACAAAAGUGGUGCAGACUGAUUUAUUGCCACUUCUGAAGAAUUAUUGGGAGCAGACUGAUCUGUUUGAUGUGCUGAUAAGAUUGCUGGUUAAUCUCACCACACCUGCAUUGAUGCUCUGGAAUGAAGAAGUUCCCACGGAGAGGACUUCUCGUAACCAAUAUUUGCAAAUUGAGGAUCAUUUACGAUUAUAUAAGCAGGCGUUUACUGAUGAAGCAGUUUGGGCCGUUUUGAGUACGAGAAUCAGUAAAAUAUUAGAAGUGGACGUCGGCGUGCGCCCCGAAGAAAACGGGCUCAUCAUCGAACGUAUUUUAAUCCUCGUCCGGAAUAUUCUACACGUACCGGCCGAUCCGGACGCGGAAAAACGCCCCGAUAACGAUGCCAGCGUGCACGAUCAGGUGUUGUGGGCGCUGCAUCAAUCCGGAAUGCUGGAUAUCAUCUUAUACGUCAGCUCGGCAAACGAGAAAGCUUAUUACAUGCACAUUAUUGAGAUCAUGUGCUACAUGCUCAGGGAGCAGAACGCCAAGGAAUUGGCGUCGGCGGCGCUGCAGCGUUCGCAGAAUGAGAAAAUGCGCGACGAAGCGGAAUUGCUCGCGAUACGACACAAGGAGACUAAUAAGCGACAACAAAAGGCCCGAGACUUUAGUGGAUCCAGACAUAGCCGUUUUGGUGGCACUUUUGUGGUGAAGUCAAUGAAAUCCAUCUCAGACAAUGAACUCAUCUACCAUAAACCAUUAUCAAAACUGGAUGAGAUUGAUUUUGACGGUAACAAGUCAAAACUGAAGACUCCAAAGAACAGGGCUCCUUUAAAAAGCACAACUAUGGAACGUAGAUCAGCGUUUUCCAUUCGUUUGUUUUUGAAAGAAUUCUGCAUUGAGUUCCUUAACGGCGCUUACAAUACUUUUAUGUAUACUGUCAAGAACCGAUUAAGUCGCCAACAAGCGCAGAAACACGAUGAAACUUAUUACUUGUGGGCUGUGCGUUUUUUUCUCGAGUUUAAUCGCAAUCACUCAUCCGAUAUCAAAUUGGUGUCGGAAACUAUGUCCGUAGACGCCUUUCAAUACGUCCAACGUCAGCUGGAACAAUAUUCUGAGAUGAUGAUAUCCGAUAAAAAAUGUGUUCUACUGUGGGCGAAGCGCUUGCAUGUAGCACUUCUAGCCUACAGAGAAUUGAUCUAUACCCUUUGCGCAAUGGAUAAGUCUAAAGACGAAGCUGUGCGUGCUUCGUCUAGAGUGAUCAAAAGCAACAUUUUCUACGUACUCGAAUAUCGCGAAUUGAUCCUACAUCUAAUGAUACAAUACAACGACGUUACCAUGACAGCCGAAUAUUUAAGGGAUGUCAUCGAAACGCAGCAUGUGUUUCUAAAGAUGUUUCAAUCGUAUUGUGCCGGUAAGAGUUUACUGGUGGAGGAACAGGCGAAGCGAAAGAAGAAGUCAGCACAGAGUAAACGUGCGCCGUCAAAGCCCAAAGGGCGCGAGAAGUCUGUGGACUUGGAGGAGCUUUGGCAGCACACGUCCGCCAAGCUUGUCGAAUAUUUGGACGGGAGUUUAGGGGUUCGGGAAGAAGUUCAGUGGAAGGUCAGUGGAAUAAUAAAAGAGCGGAUGCCAGGCGAAGAUGGGAAAACACCUGAGGCUAGUGAUUUAGCAAAGUUAGGGGUGCAGGUAUUAGCAUCGGAGAACGAGUUUGAAGAGGCUAUUGCACUAAUGCUUGAAUCAAGAGAGUUGUAUCCUGAGAUAGUUCAUCGCUUUGAGGAUACUACAGAGCAGUUAGAAGAGUUUCGAGCAGUCUUCUUCACAAUUGUUGAAGGUGGAUUAAAAAUUAUGGAAGAUGACGGGCCAGAACCAGAAGAAGAAAAUAAUUUCGAAGAUGAGGAGGACGAGUUGGAGCACGGCUACGAGAUGCAAGAGAGCGAUCUGAAGUUUGAGGAUUUCGGCAAGCGGCUGGCGCAUCCGAAGAUCGUGCGUGCGUGCGCGCUAGCGCUACGGCGCUUCGAGGCCAACUCGCUGUUGACGAACCACUGCAUCGUGAAAUUGCUGCAUCGCAUCGCGUUCGACUCGAAAAUGCCGACGAUGCUCUUUCAGGUAUCGAUUUUUCGCGUUUUUCAGCGCAUUUACGAGGCGAAAACUCUCCCACAGAAUAAGGAACUGGUUAAAUUUGCAACGUACGUAAUCAGACAGUUUUUCCAUGUGGCUCAGACGAAUGCCAAUGUUUACAUGGAGGCGCUGUUUUGGAAGAGUGCUCGAGAGGCUAUUGAUAUAGAGGAUGGUUACAGCAGUUAUAAUGACAAAUCGAAAGCUUUGGCACAGGCAUGGAGCGAGCACGAGGAAGACGAAUUGCGACGCCUGUUCGUGGAACAUCAGCAGAAUGCCAUCGAGCGAGACGUAGUUGAUUGGAUCGUCGAUAACCUGGUGGACAACUCGAAGACGCGUCGUGCUGUUCUCAAGAAACUCAAGGCGAUGUAUCUCCUAGUGGACUAUAAGGCCGGGAAAAAGUCGGUGGGUAAAGUACCGAUGAAGCAGUGGAGCGAGGAGGAGGAGGAGCAAUUACGUGAAUUGUUUGCGCAAUUUGCUGAAGCAAUGGAUCCAUUAACGUGCAUAAUGGAACGCCUGAAUGUACGUCGGACGAAAAACCGCAUCGUGGAAAAGUGUCUGGAGUUGGGAUUGGUGACGGACAAAAAAGAGCUCCGAAAGAAGCGCAUCGCAAAGGGAAAGAGCCAGAACAAAUCUGGCAACCCCUUCCAAUACGCUGGGGAUGAUAUAAACAGUGAAGAUGAUUCGAAUUCUGAUUCGGCCCAGUCGGACAAUGAUGAAUCGGAGAAUGAAAGUUUUACUAGUAAGAGUUCAAUAACAAACUCCUCUCAAGCCAAGAUUAAAACUGCUAGAAAAACUCAAACUGAGAAUAAGAAAAAGAGUAAAGCUAGACUGAAUACAUCUAUUGCUGAAAUCACCAGAAUUCUUAUUGAUUUAGCCUCAGGAGAUCUAAAACAAGGAAUUGACUGGCUCAAAGACAGUAUCGAAGAUGCAGCUGAAGACUGGAAUGAUAUUUCUGAAGAUGACGAGGGAGUACCUCUAGUUCCAAUUCUUGAGUAUUCCAUUGCGGCUAUGGAUAAUCCUGCAUUUUUAGGCCUCCUGAGGGCAUUGAACAUUCAAGAGCCUUCUGCUGAUGGACAAGAAGCAUACUGGCGCAUCCCCACCUCUUUGUCCUUGUCGGAACUGCAGGAAUACGGAAAGCUGCUCACAAAAGCACUGGAUGGUAGUUUAACAUUGGAGGAAAAUCCAACAGAGGGAGGUACUGACAUAACUCAACUUCCUGAUACCGAUGGGAAUCCAAUAGAAAUUGAAAAUGUUGAAAAUACCGAACAUUUCGUAGCUACCCCAGAAAAUAAAUUAAUAAAUGCUAUUAAAAGAGCAAAGAAUGAAAAACUGCGCGCUAUGAUUAAGAAGAUGGUUUCUAGUAGAGAAGAAUCUGAAAAUAAUUUAGAAUUGAGAAUAGAAGGUACUGAUCAACCUCUUAACAAUGAAAAUAAUAAAUCCAAUUCUGAUAUUGAUGAAGAAACGUCUCCUACCAAGAAAAACAAACGCAUUCGUAUUGUGGAUUCGAGUGAUGACGAUGAAGAACCAAUUGAUAACAGAUUCCUAGGAGAGGACGAGUCUGAUAAAUUGUCAUUUAGACCAGCAAUAAUUCACGAUUUUAGUGACGAAGAUGAACCUAGUAGUACGCAGCGUUCGAUUUUACAAGAGAACACUGAAGAAAUGUUUAAGUCAGCUAGGAUUAUCGUAGAAAGCGAUGAUUCAGAGGAGGAACCAAGUAUUCCUCUUAAAAAAUCAAAAGCUAAAACAAACAUUCUAGAAAGCGAUGAAGAUGGCGUGGCUAAUUCAGAUAAAGAAAAUUCAGAGGAAAAUAAUGUGGAUGAGUCGAAACGGCUUCGAUCCACAUCAGACUCAGAAAGUGAAAAGCCCAAGCCGAAAAGAUCUCGAGUAAUUAUAAGUGAUGAUGAAAAUUAGUUAUGGUACUGUAUUUAACGUAUUUAAGUAUUGAAUGCUGGGGCCGUAUAUUGUAUGCUGUGUCCAAUUGAUUAUUGUUUCAAUAUAUACGUCGUCUUAACCCAAAAUAGUAUGAAUAAAAUUUUGAAGAAAUGAA